AAGGCUCAAGAUGGAGGGAAUAGGGCCUUGGUGGCUUGUGCCUUCCUCCCCCAAACAUCACCAAAUGCUCCCGGCGCUUACUUCGAAUACAUCCAUGGAGUUCUGCAACAACAGAAGGGAAAACAAGGCUUCACAGUCCUCAUCCUUCACUGAGAGGAAUAACAGCACAUCUACACAGUGGCGUUUACCUAUUCGCUCGCGCCGCGGCUGCCAUGCAACCUACGUGGGCGCCCGGUUGGCACAGCCCACGUUCACCGGAGCGAUGCCGAAGAGGAAACCCCCGGUCCCUCUCCGGGCGAUAGAGGCGCGCUCCGGCCGGCUCCGGGCGGGCAGCUCUCCCUCCUCAGCGGCGGCGGCGGCGGCGGGAAUGCUCCGCUCUGCGGCCAGCGGCGGGCAGCGUCCAUUGCAGCUCGGCGGGUCCGAGUCCGGAGUCCGAGGGCUCCGGCAGCCAGCGGGGGCACCCGGCCCCCACUCCCCUAAACACCGCUGGCCAGGUGCGUUUAUUUCUCAUCCCGUCCGCUUCCCACAAAUCCACCGUCUGCGGCCGCUGAGCCCCGGCAGCAGCCCGGCCAGCCCACGAGGCACCACCGAUCGCGCUCCCCUCUCUCUCUCUCUCUCUUUUCCAGCUCUUCCCGAGGAGGAAGGAGCACGGCGGGGCCGCUCGUCCCGUAUUUCACCGCCCCGGAGACGCCGCCACCGGAGCGAUUAAAACAAAGCGGAGAACCGCCACUUUCCACACUCUUCGCGCACCGAGUAACGCGGCUGGCUACGGGAGCUCGCCUAGCAGGGACGAAAAACAAAGGGGGGGUAAAGGAGGAGAGCCCACCCUCCACCCCAGCAGCCCCCCGGCUGAUGCCCGCGCCCGGCGCACCCCAGCGCUGCCCGGCGCACCUGACAGCCCGCCGCGCCGCGCUGUAUUUCCCUCCCUUAGCGACAGGGGAGGGGCGCGCCGGCCGCGGCGCCGCCAUUGGCGGAGGGGAGCGGCGCGGCGCCGCCAUUGGCUGCGGCGGCGGCCAAUGGUGCGCGCUGUAUCCGGGAAGCAGGAGGCUGCGGAGCUAUUUAAAUCCUGCCCGGUGAUGUCAGCGCGGGCUCGCGGGGGGGGGCUCGGGCGGCGGGGCGGGCGCGCCUGUCAGCCCGCGUUAGGCACAGCGCAGGGCCCUGAGCGGGAGUGGCCCGGCACCUGCCGAGCCGUCCCCGCCUUACGGGACCCCGCAGCGCCCUCCUCCCCUUCCCCGCGAACUUGUCCCGGUGGCGGUCCUGGAAGAUGCGGGUUAAUUUCGGGGUGUUGGCGAGGGGCGCGCUGGGAGCGCCUGCCAGUUGUGCGAGCGGAGCGCUGAGCCUGCUCUCGCAGAGAAGGCGAAAGGGCAGCUCUCUGCGUUAAAAAUACUUCUGCGGCUGUUCAGGGGGAGAGAUACCUUCACUGUUCUUUAUUUGCACCCAGAGCCUUCCCAUAGGCUCGGUGACGUUGCCCCUCAAUUCAGGGAGGGCAUUGAGUUGCUGGAACGAGUCCAGAGAAGGGCAAUGGAGCUGGUGAAGAGUCUGGAACGCCGGUCUUAUGAGGAACAGCUAAGGGAGCUGGGGAUGUUCAGCCUGGAGAAGAGAAGGCUCACGGGUGACCUUAUCAGUCUCUACAACACCCUGAAAGGAGGUUGUAGCCAGGCGGGGGUCGGUCUCUUCUCCCGGGAAACUAGUGACAGGACAAGAGGACAGUCUUAAACUGUAGCAGGGGAGGUUCAGGUUGGACAACAGGAGGAACUUCUUCACAUAAAGGGUGAUUAGACAUUGGAAUGGACUACCCAGGGAGGUGGUGAAGUCACCGUCCCUGGUGGAAAGGCUGAACGUGGCACUUAGUGCCACGAUCUAGUUGCCAGGGUGGUGUUAGGUCAUAGGUUGGACUCAAGGACCUCAGAGGUCUUUUCCAACCUAAUUGCUUCUGUGAAUUUCAUACUUUGAAGGCACACGACUUGCCUCUUGGUGUCCCAGGGUUGCCUGAGGUUGCCUCAGGGUUUGAUCCUGAAGGACUGCCACAGGUGGGAAAUCCCAAAGUGGUUUAAAGGUGCAUGUUUGGGCCAUGAAGCAGACCAACAGUAGCUAUAGCCACCUGGCUGAUUUUCCUCUUCCAUUUCUGAUUCUAGUCAUGGCAGGUCCUGUUCUGUGGGUCUCAGGGAAGGCUUUUAGAUACUAAAACCUGAUAGAUGCUACUCAUCACAAAUGUUCUGUUUUCUAUUGUCUUCCCAGCACAGCAAUCACAGAUGGAGCUGAAAUGGUGCUAGGUUACAACAGAAGAAGAAGCAGCCAAGAUCAAAAUGCUCUGGUUUGUCUUGGCAGAAAACGUAAAUUGUGCUGCGCUUCAAUAUGCUGUAGACCUGUCUGGAGCUCAUCUGGUAGCCUAAUAAUGGCUGAAAAGUGGGAUUAAACUUGAGUUGUUUGACCUGAGGCAUGUAAUCAUCCUGCCUGCAGUCUAACACCCAGUACCCUGAUGGUUGCACAGUUCUUUCCCUAUCAUGUGACCCAAACAGAUCCAUCACGUGACCAAAAUGCAAGCAUCUUCCUUUACACAAAGGCUAAUGUUUUCUGAACAUCACUACCAUUCAAGAAAGAGGCCAUGGAAUCAUUUUGACCAGUUUGAUUAAAAUAGUCACAGUUCAAAGGUAAACCACAAGGAAGGAAACUGAGAUUACACAGGAAAACACUGGUAUAGCACUCUACUUUUCUCUAUCUUGUAUUUUUCUAGGUUACAAGGAGGAGCAAGAGGAAUGAUCAAAGUUGUGAAACCUUUCCAUCUGAGGAGAUACUAAAUGAAAAGUAAACAGACCAAGAUGUUUCUAUUUGGAGAAAGGGUAUGUGAGAGGAUACUAUGGAAGAAAUCUAUAAAACGGUGAGUGGUGUUAGGGCAGAUAGCGAACAGUCACGUACAGCUUCUCACAAUAAGAGAACUGAAUGGAAGUCUGUACAAUUUUUGUUUGGCAGAUUCAAAACACAAGGAAGUAAUUUUUCCCAUAAUGGAGAACUGAAUGUAGAAUACACAUAGUGUUAUGGUAAUUAAAAUGGGAAUGGGUUAAAAAAGGAAUCAGAGUAAUUUUAGAGACAAGCCUAUUGAAGACUAUUAUGCAGUGGUCUAGAAAGAAAUCUCCAGCUUGGAAUUAUUGGGAGUUACAGGAUAUGCCCUGGAAAGGAUCAAUCUGUAUGUCUGAUGAGCUUUUCAUAAGCACCUACAGUCGGCCACUGUGGGGAAAAGGGAACUGAGCUAUGAAGACCUUUGGUCUGGCCAAGUACAGACUUUUUAAAUUCUACUUUCCCAACAGAGUAAAUGACUUUAUUGAGGGUUCUAAUAUCAACCACAUAAUUUGAGGUUAGCACAGGUAAAGGAUAUUUUAGAUGUUACAUCUAACUCGAUAUUGCUUUGAUUAACAGCUAUGAAAUAUCCAAAGGGCAUUAUUUGGCAUCAUUCAGGUGUCACUGGUCUUAUGCCAUGAAUGCAACAAGGUUAUGUAUGAGACCAGAGCUCUUUCUCCUGGUAAACACCAUGCCAUAUGUUUUUAUCAGGCACUAAUUUGGAGGAGAAUUAAUCUUAAGAAAGUUAUUACGUUAGAGUGUCCUAGUUAUGUCUAAGUAUAGAGCUGGGGGCUUCUUCAAUUAUACAAAUAUUGCUAAACAUUUAAUUUCAGAUUCUCAGUCUGGUGGAUAAUAAAAAAUGACUACCCACCAAACUUGUAGCAUUAAAUGGAGACUUUAUUUUUGGCAGCUCAUUGGAGAGGGAUUAAUAUUACUGGAAUGGCUUUGUUUCUCAGCAAUGCCUCCUUAAGAACAGCUUCCUCUGAACAAAUAUUUCUAUUUUAUUGAGAAAAGGAAAUACAGUAUUAGAAAUCAAUGUUUUUAAAGGGUAAUUUAAAGAAAUCUAAUCUUGGCAGAUGCUGAAAUAUUUUCAAUUUAGAACAAAUAGUAUUUCUGUCAUCCAGUCAGCUUUUUAAAAUUAGACCAUUACUCCUUGAUAAGUUAAUUACAAAACAGAAAGAGACUCAACCAAUCUAAAAAGGUGUUAUUAAUGAAAGUAUAGAGCACAUGUCUAAAAGCUGCUUUUACUGAUUUAUGGGUGAAAUUUUACUUUUCAUAUGAAAAACCUUGUCUCGAAUGUCUUAAAUCAUAGGGAAAAAUGCUCAAUUUUUUACCCUAUCACAACUAAUUUUUUACACUGGUACACUGAUGGACUAUUGUUUUUCUGUGCUACCAUCCAUUAUAAAAACUGACAGCAUCAUAAUUGAAAUUAUUUAAAAUAUGGUGGAUUUAGAUAAUUCUUUACUUCGGUAUAGAUAUGACUACACAAGAAAUGCUGCUACUGGAAAUUGCUAGGAUGAGUUACCAAAACGGAAUUAUUGCUCAGCAGGCCAUACUCCUCUGGGGGUAGGAAAUGAAAAAUACCAUAAAUUCCUUUGAAAUGCGGAAAGAUAGGAGGAAUGGAAGGAACAUUUUUUGUUGUGUCUGAGGCCUGGUCAUCUUUAGGCAAAUCUGUGCGCUCCAGGGCAGAUGCCCAGUAUCACAGACUGCAGAAGUUUCACGCUGCACAGACACUUAGGCUCCAUGCAGACAUGAGAAGCAUGGAGUAGGUUGCAACUAUGAGUUGAAAUGUCUCCAGGUCCACCAGCUGAAUCCUGGUCUCAUUAAAAUCCCUGGUAAGUCUUUCAGAUCAGUGGAGUCACAAUUUCACCCCAAGGAUUUUGGGUAAAAACAAGUAAAACUCACAAAAAAAAUUACUGUGGAUGAUUAGCUUCAUAAUAUCUGCCCAUGGAUGUCUCUGCUGCAUGGCUGCAUUUUGUGCUUCUUGCAGUAAGAACCUGCCAAGGUGCCCAGUGGAAAUCCUUCCUGGUUAGUGCUGGGGUCUGAGCCAAAGCCGUGUCCGGUAUCAGUCAAGCAAUUUAACAAUAUGAAUAGUGGCAAGCUAAACCCCAAACUAAAUGCCCUGCCUCUGAGUAGUUUACCAGUAUAGAAACUGAGCCACAGAGGCAGCUGGUUUGGCAAUCUCUUUGGGAAACUGUCACUUAGCGGUGUGUGAUGACUGGUAAACCCACUUCAACUAAAAUCCUAUUUAGCCUCAAACAACAGGAAUAAAAUAUAAUGGAAGACGAAAAGGUUUUAAAUCGUACUAAAAGUAUCAACAUACAUCUUUCUUACAACAAAUGUUCCUGUCCUAAAGUGCACAGGCAGAUUUAGCCUUUCCAGAUACUGUACAAUUCCAUAGAAUUUCACAGAACUGGUCAGUCAACCGCAGAAAAAGCCUGGCCAACUGCAGAAAAAUGGCAGAGAUAACAAAUCUGGUUAUGGGAGAUGUUGUUUCUAUGAAACUGUAGAAUAUCUGAAAAGGCUAAAUCUACUUGUUCACUUUUUGGGGUAAGAAAAUAUAUAUUACAUUAUAAAUAUAUUGAACAGUACUGGCCCUAGAAUUGAAACUGGAGGAGCACUACUGGUGAUUGGUUGCCAGCCAGGUGUAGCCCCAUUAACUGCAACCCUUAAACUGUUGGACACCAGGUAAAAUCAUAAGAAAUUUAAAGGAAAAAUGUUUGCAGGAGAUUUCUAUACUUCAAAUACAGAAAAAAAAAGCAUGGGAUAGAGCAACCCCCUCCAGCUUUCAGUAUAUACUGUCCAGUGGUAAAUCUAAGAACCUAGAACUUUUGAAAAACAGGUAAUUUUUUAAUUAUGUGUGAAUUCUCCUUUAUACAAGGCCAUAUUACUCCUCACAUCAAUACUAUCUCAGAGAUAACAACCGCCUAUAAAUUGCAAUAUUGCUCACCUUCCUAAAUGUGGAGGAAAAUUUAGGCAGACACUAGGCUUUGGCUGUACGCCUCCACCCCCUCCUUUUCAUGAACAGCAAUACAGGUACCACUGAAAAGUUUGUAACUUUAUACUGUUACAUGAGAAUAACCCAGGGACACAAUUAUCUCCAUUAUCAGAAAGUAUACAAGUGCAGCGUCCAGCAUCAUCUCAGAUGCUUAGCCACAUCUCAGAGGACACUGUAAUAGGAGAGCUAAGUUUGACCAGUCUGACCAUUUCUUUAAAAGUUGUAUAGCAGGUGAUAUCUUUUAGUAUGUAUACCUGCAAUUAUGAAGGUAAUUAAGUGGCACAUUCCAGGGGAGCCCAAGGAGCACCUUAAAUUAAAUCCCUGAGCCUCACAAUGUUAUUGUAAUUAGCUGUCUGUCUUAGUAGGGUUUUUUUGUUUAUUGCAUCUACCCUGUGUGCUAGGGAUGAAAAAACAUAAUUUGACACAAAAUAUUUUAAAUGGUUUAUUACUGAGAUGAAGGCUUAUUUUCAUUUUUCCCAGACCACAUGUUCUUUCUUUCCUUUGCUUUUAAUUAAAAUUUUCACAGUAGUGAGAAUGUUUAAAACUUGAGAAGAUAUUUUUUUGUUUAUUGCUUGCAAAAGAAAGUAAUGAUGUUUGCCCCUUCUAUUUAGAGGGAAAACCUGUCUGGUGAUGUUUGUUUUAUCUUCACCUUACAAAGUAACAUAGUUUAAAUACCCUUAAGGACAGGCAUGUUAGCUCUGCAGUUUUGAUCUGGGAUCGUUCCAGGUUAGACCAUUUUCCAAACACCACUAAUUACCACUGUGGAACAGUUUGUAUUUUGAUAUAAAUGAACUCCCUUUCUUUAAGUGUGAACUUCUAAUUUCUCCAGUGGAAAAAAGAAAGUCAGAAGUUCUAAAUGAAAAAUAAAUAUAAGCUGCAUUGAAAAUUUGACUAAUUAUUUAUUAGUUCACAUUAACAUGCAUUAGGGAAGUUACUGGGAGCAUGGCAGCAGCAUUCUGAGCCCAGGUUCCAGUUCUGUCCCUUGCCUUGUGGCUUUUCAGCAGCAGUUUCUUGCUUCAUGGUGGAGCAAUGUGCAAGGUCAAGUGGGACUGCAUUUGACUCUGUAUUUAUCAUAGUUAUUAAUGUAGCAGCUCAAAAGGUCAAGUGACUUGCAUGAAAUUCUCAGUUUUUAUUUGAGGAAAAAUGUCUCUGGCUUUGUGCUUCUGGAGAAAAGAUGAAAAUGUAAAUGUACAAAGGCUUAAGAAGUGAAAGGAUACUUAAAAGUCAUUAAAAGACACAAUAAACAUGAAGAAUCUUUGAUCUGAUGUUAUGAUCUGGGGGAUGAAUUCAUGAUUUUUGAAUCAGGGAUGGGAAAGAUGAGGAUGGACAAUAGAAAAAGAGGUGGAGCAAUCUUCCAAAAUACAGAUUAUUUAAACAGCUGUUGUCACAUGUUUAAAACUUGUGAAGAUAUUUUAUUGUCUGUUGCUUGCAAAAUAAAAUUAUGAAGAAUC